AACUCCAAGUGGGCUGUCAUGUGCUUUUACUGAGGAGUGACUUCCAUCUGGCCACUCUACCAUAAAGGCCUGAUUGGUGGAGUGCUGCACAGAUGGUUGUCCUGCUGGAAAGUUCUACCAUCUCCACAGAGGAACUCUGGAGCUCUGUCAGUGACCAUCGGGAUCUUGGUCACCUUCCUGACCAAGGCCCUUCUCCCCCGAUUGCUCAGUUUGGCCGGGCGGACAGCUUUCUAUAGGAAGAGUCUUGGUGGUUCCAAACUUCUUCCAUUUAAGAAUGAUGGAGGCCACUGUGUUCUUGGGGACCUUCAAUGCUGCAGGAAUUUUGAGGUACCCUUCCCCAGAUCUGUGCCUCGACACUGUCCUGUCUCGGAGCUCUACGGACAAUUCCUGAGCUCAAUAUCGAAUCUCAUAGCAAAGGAUCUGAAUACUUAUGUAAAUAAGGUAUUUAUGUUUUUAUUUGUAAUACAUUUGCAAAAAUAUCUAGAAAACCUGUUUUCGCUUUGUUAUGUGUAGAUUGAUGAGGGGGAAAAAGUAUUUAAUCAAUUUUAGAAUAAGACUGUAACGUAACAAAAUGUGGAAAAAGUCAAAGGGUCUGAAUACUUAUGUAAAUAAGGUAUUUCAGUUUUUAUUUUUAAUAAAUUAGCAAAACAUUCUGAAAACCUGGGUAGAGUCCAGUGUGUGUGCAUAGAGUCAGUGCAAGAAAUGGUCAAUGCAGGUAGCCGGGUAGCCAUUUGAUUAGCUAUUUAGCAGCCUUGUUAAGCAGUCUUAUGACUUGGGGCUAGAAGCUGUUCAGGGUCCCAACAGGUACCACGACUCCUAUUGCGGUAGCAGAGAGAACAGUCUAUGGCUUGGGUGGCUGGAGUCUUUCACAGUUUUUUGGGCCAUCCUCUGACACCGGUAUAGUGGUCCUGGAUGGCAGGGAGCUCUGCCUUAGUGAUGUACUGGGCCAUACUCAUCACCCUUUGUAGCACCUUGUGGUCGGGUGCCUUGCAGUUUCCAUACCAGGCGGUGAUGCAGCCAGUCAAGAUGCUCUCAAUGGUGCAGCUGUAGAACUUUUUGAUGAUCAGAGGGAACCAUGCUAAAUCUUUUCAGCCUCCUGUUGGGGAAGAGGCGCUGUCGUGCCCUCUUCACAAUUGUGUGUACACUGUCAACACAUACACUCUGUCAACACACACACUAUGUCAACAUCUGUAGGUUAUUCUGUCAACACACACUGUCAACAUCUGUUGGUCUUCUGUCAACACACAUACUGUCAACAUCUGUACAUUUUUCUGUCAACAUACACUGUCAACAUCUGUUGGUUUCUCUGUCAACACACACUCUCUGUCAACACAAUCUGUCAACAUCUGUUGGUCUCUCUGUCAACUUCCACCCAUUCCAUCCUGGUGUUAGGGAACAUAAAGGCAGAGUUGGUGUUGUAAUAGCUAGUCUCCCAUUCCCCUAAUGGGAUAAUGUGUGUUAAUCAGUGUGUUGGUGGCUGAGAGGUACCUAAUGCACUAAUCACACCUUUCAGAGGGAGAUGGCUGUCAACAAGCUGACCUCAGCAGAUACACACUAGAGCUGGGACGAUAAACUUCAAUUAUCGACACCGACCUUACCGAUCAUUUAUAUCAGGCAUUUUGCUGAUAUCGUUCAUUACGAUAAGUAGCCUAUACUAGAGAAAUGGGACGUUUUAAAUGAAAUAAGUUAACUAAUCUGGGUGAUUGUUAAUGGGAAAACCAUCAAACUAGUAGUAGUAGUUUAAAGGAUGAUACAAAAAAAACUGGUGCACAUUAAUGAUAUAAAGGCAAGUCAUGCAAUCUAUCGCGAUAUGGAUAUUUGUCCAUUUCGUCCAGCUCUAACACACAAACACACACAUUAAUGUCCUGGAUCCACUGGACACGGUGACAUAGUACAAUAGUACAUCCUGAAGCUGAAGAAGCCAGGAAGACUGUAGUACCUCUGGUAGAGAAGAGUUGACUUACUGCUCUCUGUGUAGAGGUGGACUUCCUGUUGGGUCUAGCAUUUAGACAGGUCUCUUUCACAUUUUGUUUUCUGAUCAAGUCAAGCUGUUGGACUUUUCACUAAGUUUGUUUUUAAUGUAGUUAAUGUCUAAUUCUCUCUCCCCACCUCUUCUAGAUCCUCAAGCUGGGUCCAAUAGCAGAGUUCUGGACCCUCCAACAGAGGAGGCUGUCACUCUAGCCAUCACACACCUCGAUGGACCUCAAUGCCCUGGACCGAUCAGAGGCUCUGACCCCGUUGGAGUUCCACCUGGCCUGUAGAGCCUCACAUCGGGAAGCUGAUUAUGUUUGGCGUUCUGCUGGUUCUGUCUGGACCCUGUCCUCACUAUCUCUGCCUCUCUCAGCUUCAAGGACCCCUUCUUCAUACCAAUGGUAAUCACACGCAGGAACGCCGGCAUACACACCUGCUCACACAUACACAUUCAGGUGGUCAAAUCUCUCUCUCCCUCUCGCUCUCUCUCUCAGGGUAAGGAGAAGAUAGCGGACUUGAGGAGAAGAAUUCUGUCCAGAGACUCAAAGAGUGACCACCUCAUCUAUUAUCUAUGCUUUCACAGUAAGAUCCUCUUUUCCCACCUACAUCAUUAGAGGUCUCGCUCAUAUCUCACCAGUCAGAUAUCACGCUCAAACCACCAUUCGGAUGCAGCCUUGGCUUCAUAUUGAGAAGAAUCCAUCUAACCUGUGACCUGUCUGUCUUUCUGUGGGUCUGUCUGUAGAUUCUGCACAACAUGAUGGCUCAGUUUGCUGAGCACCUGCUAGGGGCUGGCUUCAUCAGCAGCAAGAACUCCAAAGACUCUGACAUCAACUCAGGUCAACUGUCCUUUUUCUCACCCUCACUCCUCUCUCUUCCUGUGUCUCUCUCCCUCAGAGAAUGAGAAAUCAAAUCAAAUCAAAUUUUAUUUGUCACAUAAACGUGUUUAGCAGAUGUUAUUGCGGGUGUAGCGAAAUGCUUGUGCUUCUAGCUCCGACAGUGCAGUAAUAUCUAACAAGUAAUAUCUAACAAUUUCACAACAUAUACCCAAUACACACAAAUCUAAGUAAGGAAUGGAAUUAAGAAUAUAUACAUAACUGGACGUGCAAUGACAGAGUGGCAUGGACUAAGAUACAGUAGAAUAUUAUAGAAUACAGUAUAUACAUAUGAGAUGAGUAAUGCAAGAUAUGUAAACAUUAUUAAAGUGACUAGUGUUCCAUUUCUUAAAGUGGCCAGUGAUUUCAAUAGGCAGCAGCAGCCUCUGUAGUGCUAGUGAUGGCUAUUUAACAGUCUGAUGGCCUUGAGAUAGAAGCUGUUUUUCAGUCUCUCGGUCCCAGCUAUGAUGCACCUGUACUGACCUCGCCUUCUGGAUGAUAGCAACAAGACCAUGGUGCUUGCCUACGGAGCUGUGAGGGGAAUGGCACCUCCUUACGUUCAGGCUCUGAUCAGUCCCUACACCCAAACGAGGGCACUACGUUCAUCCACCUCUGGCCUGCUAGCCCCCCUACCUCUACGGAAGCACAGUUCCCGCUCAGCCCAGUCAAAGCUAUUCGCUGCUCUGGCACCCCAAUGGUGGAACAAGCUCCCCCACGACGCCAGGACAGUGGAGUCACUGACCACCUUCCGGAGACACUUGAAACCCUACCUCUUUAAGGAAUACCUGGAAUAGUAUAAAAGUAAUCCUUCUACUAUCAUAAGUUGAAUGCACCAAUUUGUAAGUCGCUCUGGAUAAGAGUGUCUGCUAAAUGACGUAAAUGUAAAUGUAAAUAGCAGGAUGAACAGGCAGUGGCUCGGGUGGUUGAUGUCCUUGAUGAUCUUUUUGGCCUUCCUGUGACAUCAGGUGCUGUAGGUGUCCUGGAGGGCGGGUAGUUUGCCCCAGGUAAUGCGUUGUGCAGAACACACCACCCUCUGGAUAGUCCUGCAGUUGCGGGCGGUGCAGUUGCCGUACCAGGCAGUGAUACAGCCUGACAGGAUGCUCUCAAUUGUGCAUCUGUAAAGGUUUGUGAGGGUUUUAGGUGCCAAGCCAAAUUUCUUCAGCCUCCUAAGGUUGAAGAGGCUGUGGGUGGACCAUUUCAGUUUGUCAGUGAUGUGUACGCCAAGGAACUUGACAUUUUCCACCUUCUCCACUGCGGUCCCGUCGAUGUGGAUAGGGGGGUGCACCUUCUGCUGUUUCCUAAAGUCCACGAUCAUCUCCUUUGUUUUGUUGAUGUUGGGUGAGAGGUUAUUUUCCUGGCACCACACUCCCAGAACCCUCACCUCCUCCCUGUAGGCUGUCUCGUCAUUGUGGUAAAUCAAGCCUACUACUGUUGUGUCAUCUGCAAACUUGAGUUGGAGGCGUACUUGGCAACGCAGUCAUGGGUGAACAGGGAGUACAGGAGUGGGCUAAGCACGCACCCUUGUGGGGCCCCAGUGUUGAGGAUCAGCGAAGUGGAGGUGUUGUUUCCUACCUUCACCACCUGGGGGCUGCCCGUCAGGAAGUCCAGGACCCAGUUGCACAGGGCGGGGUUCAGACCCAGGGCCUCAAGCUUAAUGAUGAGCUUGGAGGGUACUAUGGUGUUGAAUGCUGAGCUAUAGUCAAUGGGAUAGGGCAGUAUGCAUUGCGAUGGCGAUUGCAUCAUCUGUGGAUCUAUUGAGGGCGGUAAGCAAAUUGAAGUGGGUCUAGGGUGACAGAUAAGGUAGAGGUGAUAUGAUCCUUGACUAGCCUCUCAAAGCACUUCAUGAUGACAGAGGUGAGUGCUACAGGACGAUAGUUAUUUAGUUCAGUUACCUUUGCUUUCUUGGGUACAGAAACAAUGGUGGCCAUCUUGAAGCAAUUGGAGACAGCAGACUUGGGAUAGGGAGAGAUUGAAUAUUUCCAUAAACACACCAGCCAGCUGGUCUGCGCAUGCUCUGAGGAUGCGGCUAGGGAUGCCCUCUUGGUCGGCAGCCUUGCGAGGGUUAACAUGCUUAAAUGUCUUACUCAUGUCGGCCAUGGAGAAGGUGAGCCCACAGUCCUUGGUAGUGGGCCACGUCGGUGGCACUGUGUUUUCCUCAAAUCGGGCGAAGAAGGUGUUUAGCUUCUCCGGAAGCAAGACGUCGGUGUCGGCGACGUGGCUGGUUUUCCUUUUGUAGUCUGUGAUUGUUUGUAGACCCUGCCACGUACGUCUCGUGUCUGAGCUGUUCAUUUGCGACUCCAAUUUGUCUCUAUACUGAUGUUUUGCCAGUUUAAUUGCCUUGCGGAGUGAAUAGCUACACUGUUUGUAUUCUGCCAUAUUCCCAGUCACCUUACCAUGGUUAAAUGCGGUGGUUCGCGCUUUCAGUUUUGCCCGAAUGCUGCCAUCUAUCCACGGUUUCCGGUAGGUUUUAAUAGUCACAAUGGGUAAAACAUCUCCUAUACACUUCCUAAUAAACUCAGUCACCGUUUGUGUAUUCGUCAAAAUUAUUUUCGCAAGCUACCUGGAACUUCCAGUCCGUGUGAUCAAAACAAUCUUGAAGCGUGGAUUCCGAUUGGUCAGACCACUAUCGAAUAGUCCUUAGCACGAGACUUAGUUUCUGCCUAUAGGAAGGGAGGAGCAAAAUGGAGUCGUGGUCAGAUUUGCCGAAAGGAUGGUGGGGGAGGGCCUUGUAAGCAUCCCGGAAGUUUGAAUAGCAAUGGUCGAGUAUUUUAGCAGCCCGAGUACAACAGUUGAUAUGGGAUUUCCAGUUCGCAUAAAGUCCAGUGAAGUUCUUUGAGGGCCGUCGUGGUAUCGGCUUGAGAGGGGAUAUACACGGCCCUGACUAUAACCGAAUACAAUUAACUUGGGAGAUAUUACGGUUGACAUUUGAUUAUGAGGUAUUCUAGGUCGGGUGAACAAAAGGACUUGAGUUCCUGUAUGUUACUACAAUUACAUCAUGAGUCGUUUAUCAUGAAACACACACCUCCUCCGCCCUUCUGCUUCCCAGAGAGAUAUUUAUUUCUGUCUGCACGAUGAACUGAGAACCCAUCUGGCUGGACCGACUUCGACAGUAUAUCCCCAGAGAGCCAUGUUUCCGCGAAACAAAGUAUGUUAAAGGCCCUGAUGUCUCUCUGGAAAGCAACCCUUGCCCUGAGCUCAUCAACUUUGUUGGCGCCAUCGUUAAAAGCUGAUCAGGGCAGGUCUCUACCCCAAAGUGAUCAAACCGCGACAGAAAGAAGAGUGAGUCAGCAGGGACCUACAGUAACACUCAUACAUAGCACUCACAGGGACAGUAGACCGUGAGUCAGCAUCACAAGUACAGACAGACAGACACUGGCAGUGACAAGAGGAUACCUCGGAUUCUGCAGAGGAAGUGAAAUUCACUCAGACCUGAAAUGUACUCUUUGUCAACUUCUUAUGGAUGUGUACCUGAGAAGAUCCACAGCCGACGAUGGACGGCAGACCAUAAGCCCAAAACUCAGCCAGCCAGACAGAUGCAUCAAUAACUCAUCACACUUAGCAGAUGGUAGCAAAAUAGAAUUACGAUCAAGCCUUGAGGCAGUGAUAUUGUUUGAAAAACAGAGUUGUAAUAAGACAAACUUCACACACACACUGAGUGUACAAAACAUUAGGAACACCUUCCUUUUGCCCUCAGAACAGCCUCAAUUCGUCGGGAUAUGGACUCUACAAGGUGUCGAAAGCGUUCCACAGGGAUGCUGGCCCAUGUUGACUCCAAUGCUUCCCACACAGUUGUGUCAAGUUGGCUGGAUGUCCUUUGGGUGGUGGACCAUUCUUGAUAAACACAGGAAACUGUUGAGCGUGAAAAACCCAGCAGUGUUGCAGUUAUUGACACACUCAAACUGGUGCGCCUGGCACCUACUACCAUACCCCGUUCAAAGGCUCUAAAAUAUUUUGUCUUGCCCAUUCACCCACUGAAUGGCACACAUACACAAUCCAUGUCUCAAUUGUCUCAAGGCUUAAAAAUCCUUCUUUAACCUGUCUCCUCCCCUUCAAUCUACACUGAUUUUGAAGUGGAUUUAACAAGUGACAUCAAUAAGGGAUCAUAGCUUUCACCUGGUCAGUCUAUGUCAUGGAAUGAGGUGUUCCUAAUGUUUUGUGAACUGUGUACAUACUAAUACAAACCCCUUUCAUAUCGUCCUGUACAGAACACACACACACACACACACUAAUACAUCCGCCUCUCUCUCCUCUCCAGGGUGAGGGUGAUGGGAAGGUGUGUGUCCACCCCAAGUCAGUGAAUGCUGAGGAGACAGUUUAACUAUCACAUCAGGAUGAGGACCAGCAUUGUGAGUACACAGUACAGCAUACACAUACAGCGCUGCUGCAUCAAAUCCAUUAAACCAUAAAGAAAAUGGGUAAAAGGUUAACUCUGGUGCCAUUUUUAGACGUGAUGAAUAUUGGAUUAAACCAGUGCCUUUUAACUCCCUCUCAAAGCCCUGGCAGAUCAAAGCUCGCAGACACAGUACCAGGGAAGAGGAACAGUCAAUUCCAGCCUUUCUGUCUCUCUGUUUUCUUCUACCCUGCUGCACUGAAUGUCAUCAGUUAGAGCAGAGAUGGGCAUCUGUCAGAGGACCAAUUAUAAACCAAUACAAAUUAUAUCCGCUCCAUGUCGCUAUUGGAUUAAAGUUGGGGAUUCGGAGCAACACUUCUAUGCAAACAGAGCCAGAGGACAGACACAGAGAGAGAUAGAGAGAGGUGAAGAGAAGGAGGGACUGCAUCAGUUCUAGGAUGUAUCAUGUAGAUGACCAGAGGGCAAGUGCAUCAGAGAAGAGACAGGAUCCAGCUGCAUGUCUCACCCUCUUGUUGUUCUCCUGUCUUCACUCUCCCUCCCUCCCUCCCUCCCUCUCUCCCCCCCUCCCUCCCUCUCUCCCCCUCUCUCUCUCUUCACCCCCUGUACACCAGCGGCUAUUAGACCCCAGGGAUGCUACAAUGUAUAAUGUAUAGUCUUUGUUUUAGUGUGUGUGUGUUUGUGUGUGUGUGUGUGUGUGUGUGUGUGUGUGUGUGUGUGUGUGUGUGCGCACGAGAAGACAAAGAUGUGUAUUUUGGAGAGAGGUAGCAUCCCUGGGGUCUGGUAGCCGCUGGUGUACAGGGGGUGAAGAGAGGGAGAGCGGGAGAGAGGGGGAGAGAGGGAGAGAGAGUGAAGACAGGAGAACAACAAGAGGGUGAGACAUGCAGCUGGAUCCUGUCUCUUCUCUGA